CCUGACGACAUGCGAGCUGACCUCCAGCUAGCUGCAACCGCGCGCGCUCGUUCGUUCGCUCGCCCGCCCGCCAGGUACGUAGCUACUCGCCUUUUUCUUCUUUUCGCUCCCCCCAUCCCCAUCGCGCACUACUGCUGUUGGCGACCCACGCGAGAUUCCAUAUUUAUCUCGAUUCGCUCGUCUCAACCUUAAACAUCUCUCCCUCUUAACCUCUUCAUUUUCUCUUUCAUCUCGCUGCAUCCCCAACUCGACAGGAUUUAAUGCUGCAGCCCGUCACCGGAGUCGACCACUUCUUCCACUUCACCGGCGUCUUCAGUCGCGCCAUCCGCUCGGUAAAAUGGCGUUAGGUUUCGGCAAGCGCAGCAGCACUUCCAACGAAAAGGAUGACGACAAAGUGUCGUCUGAGAAUGAAAAGGGCACUGGCUUUGGCGGCGACUACAAUGGCUUCGCCGUCGACAGCGAGGCCCAAACCAACCCUCAAGGCGGGCGAAAGAUGAGCCGCAUCGACCGCCCGCACACUGCUUCCAUCGCCGGCCAUCUCUCUGGCCGCAAGCCUUCCGUCGAAGAGGCUGCCGGCGAGGUCACCAUUGGUGAGAUGCGCGCCGCUGAGGCCUCCAAUGCGAUUCAGUACCGCACGUGCAGCUGGCAAAAGACUGCCUUCCUCCUCUUCGCCGAGUACAUCUGUCUGGCCAUCAUGUCCUUUCCAUGGUCUUACUCCAUCCUCGGUCUUGUGCCCGGCCUCAUCUUGACCCUCGUCCAGGCUGGCUUCGUCCUCUACACCUCUCUAAUCACAUGGGAAUUCUGUCUCCGCCAUCCGGAAGUUAAGGAUGUCUGCGAUGUCGGGCAAAUGCUCUUCUGGGGCUGGCGCCCGGCGUGGUGGCUCACCGGCAUCAUGUUCGUCCUGAACAACACCUUCAUCCAAGGCUUCCAUUGUCUCGUCGGCGCCAAGUACCUCAACACGAUCAGCAACAACAACAGCGGCGUCUGUACCGUCGUCUUCUCUGCAAUCGUCGCCAUCAUCGCCUUCUUCGCCAGCUUGCCUCGCACCUUUGAGGCCCUGUCGAAGCUGGCGCUGCUCAGUGCACUCUUCACUUUCGUCUCCGUCAUCCUGGCCACCAUCUUCGCAGGCAUCGAAGACCACCCCGGCGGUCCAUCCGUGGACACGUACUGGCCAUUCAAGGGCACCGACUUGACCCCCUUGAUUAUACCUGCAGCUGGCACGACGUACGUCAACGGCAUGAACGCCUUCCUCAACAUCAGUUACACCUUCAUCGGCCAAAUCACCCUGCCGUCCUUCAUCGCCGAGAUGAAGGAGCCGCGCGACUUCCCCAAGGCGCUGUGGGCCGUCACCAUCGCCGAGGUCAUCCUCUUCUCCCUCGUCGGCGGCAUCAUCUACGGCUUCACCGGCUCGACCUACACCGUCGCGCCCGCCUUUGGCUCGCUGGGCAACGCACUCUACAUCAAGGUCUCCUUCUCCUUUAUGAUCCCCACGCUCAUCUUCCUCGGCGUCCUCUACGCCUCCGUCACCAGCCGCUUCGUCUUCUUCCGCCUCUUCGCCGGCACGCGCCAUAUCGGCUCGCACACCGUCGUCGGCUGGCUCGGCUGGGCCGGCAUCCUCGCCUGCACGUGGGUCCUCGCCUUCAUUAUCGCCGAAGUCAUCCCCUUCUUCAGCGACCUGCUCUCCCUUAUGUCCUCGCUCUUCGACUCCUUCUUCGGCUGGAUCUUCUGGGGCGUGGCGUACAUGCGCAUGCGCCAGGCCGACUACGGCCCGGGCUUCUGGAAGAAGCGCGGCUUCCGCGGCUACAUUGGCUUUGUGGUGAACAUCUUCAUCAUCUGCGUCGGCUUCUACUUCUUGUCCGCCGGCACGUACACGUCCGUCGAUGCGAUUCUCGAGGGUUACCGAACGGGUGGCUUCGGAGGGGCUUUUAGCUGUCAGAGCAACGGUUUGAUUUUGCCAUGGCAGGUCAAGGCUGCACAUGGUGGGCAGGUGUAGUGGAGGAGAAGUGUUCCAGACUGCUUGUCCUCUUGUGACUACAUGUUGUGUCUUGCUCGAUUACGGGUUCUGCGAGUGAGAAUGGAAAGAGAGGCUCUUGGAGGCGCUUUGAUGCUGGCAGAGGUCUUCGGGCCUAUGAAACGGCGCUGGUUGCUUGCUUUUUUGAUACCAGGCCACGUAUAUAUUGUUGGUGGCAUCGCGAAUACAAUAUCUUGGAAUAAUAAAUGCC